AUAUAUUGUCAGAUAUUCAAAUGUAUUGUCAGAUAUAAAGAUAUUAUGUCAGAUAUUCAUAUAUAUUGUCAGAUAUUCAAAUGUACUGUCAGAUAUAAAGAUGAAUUGUCAGAUAUUCAGACAUAUUGUUAGAUAUUCAAAUAUAUUCAGAUAUUAUGUCAGAUAUUCAGAUAUAUUGUUAGAUAUUCAAAUGUAUUGUAGUAUAUUGUCAGAUAUUCUGAUAUUAUGUCAGAUAUUCAAAUUAUUCAGAUAUAUUGUCAGAUAUUCAAAUUAUUCAGAUAUAUUGUCAGAUAUUCAGAUGUACU